UAAGAAUCGGAAUUAAAGUAAAACCCACGCAUAAGAGCUAGUCUCACUCACUUCCCAAAUGAAGUCAACUAACAUCCGUCUCAUCAUAUAACCGCGGAAUAAAGACGUAAAAAAGAGAGAUACAGAAAAAAAAAGGAGAGGACGAGAGCAAGAAAACUCGUUGAAAGGACGUGAGGAGCGAAAGUGAAAAUUCAUAUGCCGGCAUCUGCUACCAAGAAGGCGGCCGGGCUGUUGGGUGCCCCUCCUCGCCGUCUCAGGCUGUAGGUGCCCUCGCCAGUCGACAGUCUGUCUGUGGUCUAGUGACACAUUGUCUGGGGACUUGUGGUUUCUGGUUGAGUUGAGGAGGGCGUUGACGCUUUUGUCGCCUGAAGAGAAACACAACAAGAAAAGAAAAGAAACUAAAUAAGUAAAAAGGGGAAAAGAUAAAAAAAGAUAAAAGAAGAAAGAAGGAAGAAGAGGUAAGAAAAAAAAGAGAAAAUAUGGCAACCGCGCAAACUAUCGAAGUCUCCCAUAAAAAUCAAAAUGUUCUCGUGGUUACGGUGUGUGGCUGAAGGAAAACCAAGGAACUGGGAUAAGAAAAGAGAAAAAGGAAGAGAAAGGAUAGAAAACAGGAAGAGAGAGUGACAGAGAAGACGCCAAAGGGAAGAGAGAAGAAAGAAUUAAGAAAAAAAAAGCCGAAGAUGGGUCUGUGCGCACGAGCGUUUCGUCUUUGUUUCGUCCUUGUCAAAAAAUACUGGAUUGUGGUGGCGUGGACGGCGGCGUGCAGCGUGGUUUUCUACGUGGACUACAUGCGCUAUAAGAAAGAACCACAGUAUUAUUACGUUCGCCGGAUGCUUGGGCUAGGUAUGUGCGUGUCUCGGGGUACGGCUGCCGUGCUCAACCUGUCGUGCUGUAUGCUGGUGCUGCCCAUGUGUCGUGCCCUCAUCACAACACUUUCUGGCUGCACGCCCUCCCGUACCGCACGCCCACGCCCGCCCUCCCUGCCCGCUGUCUUAGCUGCGCCCGCCACCCACGCUGCCAAGUCCACGCACAUCAUGAUUGCUGUCACCAUCGUUAUUACGUCAGUGGCGCAUACGGGAGCCCACUUGGCCAAUGCAAUAAAUUUCUCUCGACACUACAGUGCACAGUAUCCUGAAAUCAACGUGGCCAACUUCAGAGGCGAGGCUCCAUUCAGAUUGUUCGUUGCAACAGUCCCCGGCAUAACCGGCGUGGUGAUGGUCCUCGUCCUUUGCGCGCUGUGCCUUACCUCCAUGCGCUGGGUGCGGCGCCGCUCCUACGACGUGUUCUUCUACACGCAUCGCCUCGGCUUCGCGUUCCUGGUGCUGCUGCUCGUCCAUCCGCUCAGCGGUGUUUUGAAGGAACAGAAGAAUCUGCAUGGGCACAUUCCUGGAUGCCAGAUGUACAAAGAAUCAUUCAGAAGUGGAGAGGUUGGCAACCCUGAUCCGCAAGUCGGGUAUCCGGAACCAAACGAGGUUGACUACUCUGAACAGCAUGAGAUUGGCUACCCUGAACCGCAUGACAUUGGCUACCCUGAACCGCAUGACAUUGGCUUCCCAGAACCACAUGAAGAUCAUUAUCCUGAACUGGAUGAGGUUGGCUUCCCCGAGCCAGGCGAGGUUAGCUACCCUGAACGUAAUGAAAUUGGCUACCCUGAGCCCUAUGAAGACCGUUACACUGCCCUAGAUGGAGUUGGUUUCCGACGCCCACUAGAAGUUAGUUAUCCCGAAUCAAAUGCGAUUAGCUUCAGUUCACAAGAAGUGAUUGGCUUCCCUGAGCCGGACGUGGCAGGUCAGCCAGGAUCGGAAGAAAUUGGGUAUCCUGAGCCGAACAUUGACUACCCUGCAUCUGACGUUGGCUUUCCAGAACCCGACGUUAGCUACACUGGCUCGAAGGAGGACGAAGGUUCUCCUCGGCUCAGCGGCGGGAGUGGCAGGCCGGGGAAGUAUCACCGAGCGAGGAAAAAGCGGAGGAAAUGCCACAGACCGCCCGUCUUUGGGGCCAUUCAUUCCAAGACGUGGAUCUGGGUGGGCGUGGCUCUGCUGGUGUGGGCGGCAGACUGGCUCGUACGCGUGUGGAGGAGAAGGGUGGAGGUGGAGGUGGUGGAGGUGGUGCAUCACCCUUGCGAGGUGGUGGAACUCACCCUCAGACACCGGAGUUUUACGUGUCUGCCGGGCCAGUUUGUGAUGCUUCAGUGUCCACAAGUGUCCAGUUUUGAGUGGCAUCCUUUUACGGUGACAAAAACCCCUUCAGAGGACUCCCCCGGGACCUUCACCGUGUUCAUGAGGGCGCGGGGGGACUGGAGCAAGCGUGUCGCCGCGCUGUUACCUUCGAAGUCUAGUCAAGUGGACGAUCCUAGUCAGAGAUCUACUUAUGGGCCCCAAGAGCUGUCUAGUCGGAGAGCACACGCAAAGCCAAAUUUAGUACAAGCUAACUACCUUUCCUCUAAAGGCGAUGGCAAGAGGCUUUUCUCGCCUCAGAGGGUGCAGCCUUGUCUAUCUGCUCGUGCGGUAGACGAAUCCAAAGUUUACUCCUUUUUACAGGGGAAGAACUUGAGCUUUAAUUUAUUAAGGGAGCACUGUACCUCGCAGCCACCUGUUUGUACACACACGCAAGAUAAUGAGAGGUCUUGUUCACAGUCACCGUUAAUGAAGCAUUUUUCAUCACCCCAGUCUUGCAUAAAAGUUCAUUCACAGUUCGAUCAUCUUUCGCCAGUGUUGCCACCUGGGAAGUUAUCGCAGAGUAAUGUUGGUAAUCGUAUCGAUAAUAAUGAGUUAGAAAGUAUAUUUUUGAAUUCUAAUAUAAAAACGCCAAUUCACUUGCAUAAACAAGUACAGAAAAUACAAAAUGGAAACGAGGAUUCACAUCAGACCAUAGAGCACCACACUGUCCACAUGCCUCCAGACACCUGUGUAAGGCUAUAUGUGGAUGGUCCCUUUAGUUCUCCAAGUGAAGAUAUGAUUCGAUAUCCGGUGGUAGUUGGUAUCGCUGGAGGAGUCGGCAUCACACCCUUGGCUGCUACACUUACCCAUAUACUACAUCACCCAGCCUCAUGGCCGAAGAGAGUGCACAUGAUCUGGGUCAUGAGAGAUGCUCGGCUCAUCUUGACCAUGGCUCAUCUGCUUUCGAGUCUGUUGCAUCAGUGCUGGCAGGACUGUACUGAAGACCGACUUGAGUUUUGCCUCCACGUUACCACACCGAUUUCCCACGAGGAGCUGCAGAAAUUAUUUGGCAAUCACCAUCCCACCCUGAUCCCAAGAAUAAAACAGGGGCGACCUCAGUGGAAGAACCUGUUUCAUCAAUACAGCCAAGCUUAUAAGAAAACCAAAGUCGGCGUGUUUGCCUGCGGACCCUAAAAAACUGUGCCAAGAGGUAAAGCGACGGUGUCUUCGGUCCGUAACACAAGGAGCUCCAUUCGCCUACCAUCAGGAAUCUUUCUCUUGAAUAAUAAAUAUAAUACUGUGUAUCCUAGCUGACAAUGGUUAAUAGUUCAAUUUAAUAAAUGCGCUAGACAUCAAAGAUCAUAUAGCACUAUAGGAAAGUAUUGUGACGAAAAGGAUAAAAAUUAUGACAAUGGGUUAGAUGCUAAAGGUCGUAAAGCACUAGAAGGAUAGUGUGGUGGCGUAGGCGGGAAUUGGAGGGUGUAAGUGAAGGGCAAUUAGUUAUGGAGGAUAUCUAUGCAUCUGAGGAAGAAUAAGUUGUCAAAGGAAGAAGUGUGAGAUUCUGUAAGGAUGCUCACAGGGUAAGGAUUAGCAGAAGGAAGGAAGGGAGAGGGGGGGGGGGAGGUUUAAAGAAUAGUCUCAGGAGAAAGAUUAUGACAGAAAUGAGUCGUAUGUAUAACCAGGAGGAAGCGGUAAAGUAAAGGAUAAAAGAGGAGGGGGUUGUUUAAUUGUCAAUUAUUACAAAGCAAAAUAAGUGGGCUAGACAUCAAAGGUCAUAAAGCACUAUAGAAAGGUGUAGUGAAAAGGGCAAAGAGGGGGAUUAGUUGAUUAAAUGUGCUUCACGUCAAAAGUCGUACAGCAGUUCAGGAUAGUAUCACAUAGAAAGGGACAAAGAGGGGCGAGGGUGGAGAGUGGUAGAGAUUGGGGUGUCUGGAUUUAGAAUGGCAAAGAAACAAUUGGGAAAGAAAGGGGUGGGGGGGAUAAGUGGAAAGGAUGGAGGAACAAAUACAGGCAGUCCCUAUAAAAUACUUAUGGAACACAAACCCCUGCAGUCACCCACGUGUGACAUUUGACUGAUCACGACCAGGUUGGGCACAUGGACAUAGGGCUGUGGAGUGGUAGGGUUUGCCAGGGUUGCUUAGACACCAAAACUUGAAGACGUUUCCGGUACAAUUAUUAAGAGAGGUAUGAGGCUGGGCAGGAAUGGGUUUGCCAGUGAAGUCAGUCAUGGUUGAUGAUGCUUUAGCUUGGGAUUAUCAUAACUGACAAGGAGGAAACGAUCUGGGGGGCUGCAGAGGGAUUAAAAAUUACCGAUCCCAUUUGGCUGGGCUAAACAGAGUUGUAUAGGUAGGGGUAGUAGGACAGGGCCUUGUGGAAGAGGAUCUGGGGUUAGUCGAGUAAAAUUAGUACAGCAGUUUAGAAUAGCAUGGUACUAAAGGGAUAAAGAGGGGCGAGGGCAGAGAGGGCAAGUAAAUGGGAGAAGAUAGGGAUUAUCAAAAUAGGGGGCAAUGAGAUCAAAGAGCAGUUUCAGCAGAAAUGUUAGGAGGGAAGGGGUAUGGUUGAAAAAGGUAAACUGCAUUAAGUAGGAGGUGGAUCAAAGUGUGAUGGAGAUAUAAGUGCAGGAAGGGAGUUUACAGGGCAUCUGUUCUGAUGGAAUGGAAUUGAGCAAUGCUGAUAAUACUAGAGGAAAAGUUUUUAGUAUCAUAUGUGCAACUUUCAUUUACAUUUGUUAGAAAUAUUUACUUAAGGUUAAAAUAGUGUGGUCAGGUAAUCCAUUGUUUUCCACAUUUGUUAACCUACAGCAAUGCAUCUUAUAUAGAUUUUAUAUACAUUGUUGGAGAUACCAGUGUUGUAAUUACUUAAGGUAAAGCUCAAAUAUCAAAUGCUAGAUUACAAGAACUUUGUAAUAUAUUACAAUCAUUAAUAUUAACAUGAAUUCAUCUAAUUGUAAAUUACUCAUUUUACAUUCAACAUUAUUAUUUAAUCGCAUAUCUUGUCAUUCAUAUGUAGUCUGUAAAUAAACAAGUAUUAUUUCUUUACCAUCUCAAACUUAGUUUCCCUGUCCAAUUCAGACCAAUUACAAUCAGCACCAGAGUGUAUCAUAGUAUUUUAAAGUCUAAUAUAUACCGAGUAAAGCCAAACAUUCGUCCAUAAAAAAAAAAAAAAAAAAAGUACAUGAGAAAAGAAAAAGAAAAGACCUACACAGUGAAUCAAAAGCAGAACCAAAGGGAAGAGUUGAACAUUAUUGGUGCCCUAUUUAGCAAGGAGUAUGCUUUUGCUGAUUUGCCCUAAUAGCCAAGCAAUAUCCCUACGGUGUCGUUGCCGAUUGUUCAAAAUCACCUGGCACUGUCCCAUAGCAUAACCAUUUAUCAUGUAUCAUUUGUGUUACCACCACCAGAAAAUGAAGUAUUCAAGAGCAAGAGAAAUUAUGAUUACAUCACAUAAACAUGGUUUACAUGUUCAAUAUGCCAUUUCAAAUUAUAAAUGUCAGUUGUACCUUCAGUGAAGUUCUGCUAGUUAAUUCCAGAUGGAAGCAGACUGAACACCUGUUUGAUUCUUUAAUGAAAUUGGAAUUAUGUAGG